AUGUAUUUCACUGUCGCUGGACUCCUUACACUUGCUAUGGCGGUGGCUGCUACGCCAGCAGCGGUUCAAGUCUCGAAUAACCGCCGCUCCGCAUCUGUUCCGAGCAAACAGUUGUGGCAUGCCACUCCUGAGAAAGGUGUUGAUUUCAACCAGUUGCAGCAAAAGUGCGGCAAUCUGACUGUUUCUUGCUGCAACCAGGUCAAUAUUCAGAACAAUGGAAACAAGGGAGUGACAAGUGGCCUAACCACCGAAGUCCUUGAUGCACUUGCCGGCGUUCUCCCAGGCUAUGCAAACUCUGCCUGUGCCCCAGCAAGUUCGGCGGCGGAUGGUCUUAUUGUGAUCAUCACAGAUGCUCUUACUGGCCAGCCUACCACGCCUCAGAACUUUUGUACUGGCGCCACCUAUGCAUGCUGCCCCGGAAAAGGUGGAGAAUGCAAUGCUAUCUCGGGUGCCCCAACCGCUAGCUCUGACUCUACCUAG